AGUAAUACCUUUGAGUUACCAGACACAACAAGGCAUGGAGUUCGCUGCCAAGGUGGGGGAAGCACUUCUCUCUGCUUCUGUGCAGACCUUACUCGACCGGAUCUCCUCAAGCGAGUUUCGAGAUUUCAUGAAAAAUAGAAAGCUCAACGUCUCUCUGUUGGAUGAGCUGAAGAUUACCCUGUUGAUGCUUGGUGCUGUCCUUAAUGAUGCAGAGGAGAAACAGAUCACCCGUCCUGAGGUCAAGGAAUGGCUUGAAGAGCUGAAAGAUGCUAUCUAUGAUGCAGAGGAUUUGCUAGAUGAGAUCAACACUGAGUCUCUGAGAUGCAAGGUGGAGCAAGAUUCACAAAAUGUGGCUAACAAGGUGCGAUCCUUCUUUUCUUCUUCUUUUGGUCAAUUUUACUGGGGGUUGAACUCCAAGCUAGAAGCAACAUCUCGAAGGCUUGAACACUUUGCCAAACGAAAGGAUAUCCUUGGUUUGCAAAGUGUUAGCUUCAAAGCGCAUAAAACACCCACAACAUCAGUGGUAAAUGAAUCUGUUGUGGUUGGUAGAGAGGAUGAUAAGGAGAAACUAUUGAAAAUGCUUUUGUGUGAUGGAGAUCCGAAUCCAACUGAUGUAGGAGUGGUCACUAUCUGGGGUAUGGGUGGCCUGGGUAAAACUACCCUUGCUCAACUCCUCUAUAAUGAUAAGAAGGUCCAGGAGCAUUUUGAUUUGAAGGCUUGGGCUUGUGUUUCAGAUGAUUUUAAUAUUCUGGAGGUGACCAAGAAUCUUUUUGAGUCCAUUACUAAAAAAGUCUACGAUGGUAAAAAUCUAUACCUUCUUCGUGUUGAAUUAAGAAAUAGCCUGAGUAACAGAAGGUUUUUGAUUGUGUUAGAUGACUUAUGGAAUGAAAAAUACAGUGAUUGGGAUGAUCUCAUAACUCCUUUUCACAAUGGGAAAAGGGGAAGCAAGAUCAUCGUAACAACUCGCCAACCAAGGGUUGCUGAAAUCACACAUACAUUUCCCGUACAUAAAUUGAGUCAUCUCUCAGAUGAUAACUGUUGGUCUUUAAUCUCCAAACAUGCAUUUGCAAAUGUAGAUUCAAACAAAUAUCCAGAGCUAGAAGCAAUUGGAAGGAAAAUUGCAAGAAAAUGUGGUGGCCUCCCGAUUGCUGCUAAAACAAUGGGAGGUCUUUUGCGUUCAAAAGUGGAUGCAAGGGAAUGGAAUAAAAUUCUAAAUAGCAACCAGUGGAAUAUACCAAAUGAUGAUGUUAUGCCUGCAUUGCGUUUGAGUUAUCUAUAUCUUCCAUCACAUUUGAAGAAAUGUUUUGCUUAUUGCUCGAUUUUCCCAAAAGAUGUUGUGCUAGAGAAAAGGAAAUUGGCCUUGUUAUGGAUGGCUGAAGGCAUUGUACAGCAACAAUCCCAUGGGGACAAGACAUUUGAGAUUGAAGCAGAAGACUGUUUCAAUGAAUUACUAUCUAGGUCAUUCUUUGAACAAUAUGGCGGUAAUCCAAAAAAGUUUGUCAUGCAUGAUCUCAUUAAUGAUUUAGUGAAAUUUGUAUCUGGCAAGAGUUGCGUUCAAUUUGAGGGAAAUGAAGUCCCAAAAUCUAUACGACAUUUAUCAUUUUCCCUAAAAGAAUAUAGUUGCUCUAAAGAAUGUGAGAGCUUUUGCCAUACAAAUAGUUUGAGGACUCUUUUGUCGCAAAAUGAAUUCAAAGAUUGGUCACCAAUAUGUAUUUUGUCCAGAAAAGUGCUCCAUGAUUUGUUGACAAAACUGAAAUGUCUAAGAGUAUUGUCCUUACCAAUGUACAAAAACAUUGUUGAGGUACCAAUUUCAAUUGGUAAUUUGCAACUUCUGCGGUAUCUCAACCUUUCCCACACUUCAAUCAAAAGGUUGCCUGAUGUAGCCUUUACACUUUACAACUUGCAGACAUUGCUUUUAUCAAAUUGUAUGCAUUUUAUUGAAUUGUCAGAAAAGAUAGAAAAGCUUAUUAAUUUACGUCAUCUGGACAUUAGCGAAACUGCUUUGAAUGAGAUGCCCACACAAGUUACAAAACUGGAAAAUCUUCAAAAUUUGAGUACUUUUAUCGUGGGCAAACAGCCGGAUGGAUUGGGAAUUAAAGAGUUGAAAAGGCUCCCUCAUCUACAAGGUAAACUUUCCAUUUCAAAUCUACAAAACGUUGUUGAUUCUAUGGAUGCUUUGGAGGCGAACUUGAAGAAUAGAGAAAAGUUUGAGGAACUAGUGUUGGAAUGGGAUUGUGAUACUUCAGAUUCACAAAUUGUGAAAAGUGUACUCAACGUGUUGCAACCUUCUACAAAUGUAAAGAAAUUGACCAUCAAUAAUUAUGGAGGCACUAGCUUCCCUAUUUGGGUGGGAGAUUCAUCAUUUAUAAAUAUCGCCAAUUUAUGUGUGCGUGAUUGCAGUAACUGUGUUUUGCUCCCACCAUUUGGAGAACUACCAUCUCUCAAAGAGCUCUCGAUUAGUGGAAUGGGAUUAGUGCAUACAGUUGGACGUGAAUUCUAUUGUAGCAAACCUGAGUACUCUUCAUUUCAACCAUUUCCAUCUUUGGAGAUUCUCAUAUUUGUAAAUAUGCCUACUUGGGAGGAAUGGAUAUUGUUUGAUGGUGAAGGUGCCAAAUUUCCUUUCCCUCAACUCAAAAGUUUGAGUGUGCAUGAUUGUCCUAUGUUGAGGGGAGACAUGCCCCACAACCUUCCAUCAUUGACAAAGGUUUCUGUAAUAAAAUGCAAACAAUUGGAGGCAAAAUCAACAGCUCUGCGGUGGAUUCCAUGUAUCAAGGAAUUAAGAAUUGAGCAAGGGGAACAUGGGUUAUUUAGAGCACUUGAUGAUUUAUCUCCGGACUCCUUGGAAUCUCUAAGCAUUAGGGGGUGUGAUAGCUUGCAGUCUUUGCCAAGAAUGAUAGUGGGUAGCCAUUGUCUUCGAAAGUUGUCUCUCCAAUAUAUCCCAUCAAUAAUGUCCUUCCCAAUUGAUGGUUUGCCUACUUCUUUGCAAGAUCUUGAAAUUUAUAGUUGUGACAAAUUAGAGUUCCUACCUCAGGAUUCUUGGCAAAACUACACAUCACUUGAAUACUUGGGAAUUGAUAAUAGUUGUCCUUCCUUGAAAUCUUUUCCAUUAGGUUGUUUUCCCAAGCUUAAAGAGCUUGAUAUUGCCAAAUGUUGUAAUUUGGAGACCUUUACACAUGUUGGGAGGUCUGCUCUUCCCUUAGAAUCAUUUUCGGUCAACAGAUGUAACAAACUUAGAUCAAUGUCAGAUGUACACGUUGAUUCCCUUGCCAACCUUCAACACUUUAGCCUAACUUUAGUUUCGAAGUUGGAAUCAUUGCCUCAAGGUGGUUUGCCUUCUAACUUGCGAUCACUUAUUCUUGGGGGCUGUAAUGAACUAUCUUCUAUACCCAUCCAAGACUGGGGGUUUCAACGCCUGACUUCCCUCUCACACCUUGAUGUUAUGGAUAAUGAAAGUGAAAGUGAUAUUAUUCUCCAUAAUUUACAAAAGAAUCAAUUACUACCCACUUCUCUUGUGACUAUCGGCAUUGGUGGUGUCUCUAAUCUUAAAUUGUUAGAAGGAAAAGGGCUUCAACACCUUACUUCUCUUGAAGAGCUUUACUUCUGGAACUGUAAAAACCUUGAAUCCUUGCCAGAAGAUUCGCUGCCAUCCUCUCUUUUGUUGUUGGAAAUUGAUGGCUGUCCAAAAUUAGAAGAGAGAUAUGAUUAUGAGAAAGGGAAACACUUGUCCAAGAUCGCUCAUAUUCCCACCAUACGAAUUAAUAGGAAAUACUAUGAUCCUUGA